UAUAGGAGGUGAAAGACGCCAUAGUUGACAACUGGCUUUUCUUUUGAACAGAUGUCAGAUCACUUGGCGAGCCAUUGCACUGACAUCGAGGUCGAUCACAAAACAAAGAUACUGGUACCGAUUGUGUGUUCAAGCUGCGGCAAGCAAGUCUGUGUGAAACAUCGCUGGCCAAAGGAGCAUAAUUGUCAACCACAACCAAAAAUUACGAAAGCUGUGGCAGAUUCCAAAAAGAUGUUAAAGGCUUAUCGAGCGUUGGUCUACUAAAUCAACCGCGUUUGUCAGUCACGACACGGCUGGCUCAGUCGCGCAUUAGGCCCCCUGGUUAUUUUAAAGUACCACACCUUAUUUACUCCCCCACUCAACCUGUAGAAAUGCUCCAUCAACUAUAUAAUGGAUUGACUAUUGUACAAUCUGCUUCUGCUUUAACAUUCUCUGUAUUUUACGUUAC